GUGUAAUGGUUUCUUUAAGUGCAUCUAUAUAUAGCACGGAAGAUACAUUAAAAAUUUAGUAGAUAACAAUCGAUAGGAAUCAAUAACUUGGUAUUCGUAGUAAUAGCAUAGCCAUGAAGGCUGUAACAUGUUUCUUGUUUGUUUUAUUGCAGAUAGCAUUUAUUUAUGGAUCAUUACAGCAUAAGUGCUGGAUAACUGAUUCACCAUGCCUAACCGCGAGAGCAAAAGCAAUUGUACCAGCUUUCGCCGCUGGCGUUCCUGAACUGGGUAUAGAACCACUGGAUAUAAUGGUCUUUGACGGCUUGAAUAUAAACGAAAAACGAUUCAAGCAUAUCUGGAACACUACAUACGUGCAUGGUCUAGGGAAAUCGAUCAUUGAUGAGCUCAGCGUUAAUUUGAACACAAAACUUAUAAGAUUGGUCUUCCGUUCAGAUAUGUUAUUACAAAGUCACUAUAUACAGGAGGGGCACCUACUAUCUACGCCCGUUGAAGGAGCUGGUAAAUUAAGAAUGGAAUUUGAUAAUGUACGGAUGGAGAUGGUAAUGCCUUUUGAUAUCCUAAAAGAUUUUUUUGGUAGAGACAUAAUAGAUUUAAAAGAUUUCCGAUAUGGGUUUGAAAUGCAAGGUGCUAGACUGUACUUUGGCAAUCUGUUCUAUGGAAACAAUGAAUUAAGCAGGAAAACGCACAUGGCAAUAAACAAGAAUUGGAAACAGCUCACGACAAUAUAUGGCCCAUACGUGUUUGAUAAGACCAACGAUAAAAUCUUCAAUGCCAUCAGAACCUAUUUGCACUACCUUCCUCUGGAAACAGUUUGUUUUUACCAAAUAUUUGUUAGUUCGCUGGUCUUUAGAACGAGAUCAUUUGGUGAAAAAAUGAAGACAUUCUAUUUAAGAUUCACUAUAAUACAAUUUUUACAUUUGUUGGCAUUUGUACCAUUUUCACAAAGCCAUAUAACGAAAUCCCAAACAAGAGUAAAAUGUUCGCUUAACGAUUCUGUCUGUUUGACGAAAGAAGCUCAAAAAACGUUGCAGGAAUUUGCAGAAGGCAUACCCGCACUUGGUAUCAAAAAAGUAGGUAAAAUACAUUUGGAUCCCAUACGAGUGAAACUUCCAAAUUUUAAAUAUAAUUGGACUGAAGUUACAGUGGCGGGGUUAGAAAAUGCAAUCUUUGAUCAUAUCAGCUUUGAUAUGGAACUAAAUGUUUUUAGAAUUCUUAUCCAUUCGGACAUCGUCAUAGAAUUCAACAAUGAUGUAAUUGGCACUGUGCUUUUUAUGUAUGUAUAUGGAGGAGGACCUUCUAAGAUUACUCUAAAGAAUAUGCAAAUAGAGAUUUUAUUCAAGUUUGAUAUUAUAAAUGAAAAUGGGAAGGACUAUAUGGAUAUAACAUCAUACUUUCACGCACUGGAUUUAGUUGACGGUGCACACUACCAGUUUAGCAAUAUAAACGACGGAGACAAAAGAUUUAAUGACAAGCUACACAGGACAUUGAAUGAAAAUUGGAGAAUAGUGGUGGCAAACUUUGGAGGAUAUGUAAAUAAAAAGUUAGUAGACAAGAUGUAUGACACAGUGAAAAUAUACAUGCGUUCAACACCGUUAAAAGAUCUGGCUUUGUAUUAAAUAAU